AUGUCAGUCGUUGUUGCUGUAGCUGGUGGCACGGGUAACGUUGGCCGCACCAUUGUUGAGACUCUUGCAACGUCUCCAAGUUACAAAGUCAUUGUUCUAGGACGCAAGUCUCAAACAGUCUUGGAUAAUGUUCCAUGUUACGCCGUUGACUAUACCGAUAUCGGUGCAACCGCCAAACUCUUAGCGCAGCAUGAAGUGGCGAUAAUCAUCUCUACCAUUCAAGUGACUGACGAGACAUCCUCUGCUGCUGAGGUCAAUCUCAUAAAAGCCGCAGAACAAGCCUCAGCUGUAUCCCGGUUUAUUGCUAGCGGUUGGGGAUCGCUUCCCACUGAGACAUCCCCCGUCUCGAUACUCCAAAAAGCUUCUAACGCUGCGCUACGGAGCACCACACUCGAAUGGACACGAUUCUCAGUUGGCUUUUUCAUGGAUUACUAUGGAAUUCCUGCGAUCAAAACACACCUCCCUCCCAUGUCCUUUGCUGUUGACAUGAGCAGCAGGAAGGCAGCUAUCCCUGGAACUGGAAAUGAACCGAUAUCUCUCAUCUACUCAUACGACGUCGCCAAAUUCGUUUCUGCAUAUUUGGGCGCUCCAAAGUGGGAGGAAAUAACGUACGUAUAUGGGGAGAAAACGACCUGGAACAAAUUCGUCAAAAUAGCGGAAGAGGUAACAGGUACUCAGUUUGAAGUAUCAUACGAUCCAAUUGAGAAGCUUGCAAGAGGAGAAGUCACUGAGCUCCCCUCUCACAAAGCAGAACUAGCAAACUCUCCGUUCCCAGAACCUUUUGCUCGGCAGAUUUUGGCUCUUCUUGGAAGCUGGGUUGUUGGAGGCCAGUUCGACAUCCCCGUUGAGAAGGCUCUCAACAAGAGCUUUCCGGAUAUCAAGCCCAUAGGGGUUCAAGAAAUGCUUCUCGUUAGGAAAACGACUUAG